UUGUCUCCGCCCCUUUCCAUGGACGUAGUGAGCGAGUGGGCGCAUGCGUGGCCUCCAUAGGGCGGAUGGCAACGCCGUCUGUCCCCACGCCGCGGUACGAGCAUGUGGGGCCGGGGGGCCCUUUCCGGGACGUGUACGAGCCGGCUGAGGACACCUUCCUGCUGCUGGAUGCUCUGGAGAGGGAUGCGGCCCAGCUCCGGCAGGCGGGGAUCGACAUCUGCCUUGAAAUAGGGGCUGGGUCUGGUGUGGUUUCAGCGUUCUUAGCUUCCAUCAUUGGAGCCGGUGCGCUCUACCUAUGUACAGAUGUCAAUCCUAUGGCAGCUUACUGUACACUGGAGACAGCUCAGCUGAACAAUGUUCACCUUCAGCCAGUCAUUACUGACUUGGUCACAGGACUGUUACCAAGAUUAAACGGGAUGGUUGAUCUACUGCUCUUUAAUCCACCGUAUGUGGUAACACCUUCUGAAGAGGUGCAAAGCCAUGGAAUAGAGGCAUCCUGGGCUGGUGGCAAAAAGGGCAGAGAAGUAAUGGACAGAGUUUUUCCAUUGGUAGCAGACUUGCUUGCAACAGGAGGAUUGUUCUACUUGGUCACAAUUAAAGAAAAUAAUCCAGAUGAAAUUCUGGAAACAAUGAAGAAAUAUGGCUUAGAAGGUACACAGCUGCUUUCCAGACGAGCAGGACAAGAGAUGCUUACUAUCCUCAAAUUUAGGAAGCCUGGAUAACUGUUUCUAUUACAUAUACUAGGCAUGCCAAAGGUCGGAUACAGAAUACUGAAGUCAAAUCAUUUUCUAAGUCAGAAUUGGACAAAGUGCAUCUUUACUUCCUAAUUAUUGCAAUGGAACUGAUCAAGACUCUCCUUAUUUUUAUUCUGGAUGUCAACCAGCUUUUAUCUGGUUGUCAGCUACAGCUGUAUUCUGGCUACCUGCAGGUGACUGCAGGCCAGAACGAGUGAACUGGAAGAUACCAUAACACAUCACAUUUUGCACUUCACUACUUUUACAAGAAGGAGUUUGUGUAUUUAUUUUUGUGGCUUAUUAAAAGGACAUAUGUGAUGUAACAUUGCCCAUUUUAAUAGCUAAUCUGUUCCUCUGUUGGGUUUAAGUGAAAAUUUGGUAUCGGUGUUACUCAUUUUGAUGUAAUAUAAGGCACAGCUCUCGUAGAAACUGAUCUUUAAGGUUCUGCGUGAACAGAACUGUAAAUGAUUAGUUAGCUCUUUUCAUGGGGACUAAAGCCACAAGUUUGGGUCAUUUGUUUUUAUUUCUUGUCAGAUACUGAGGCUUUAGAACAAUGACUCUGUGUGACUUCAGAGCUAAACGUAUAACUGGCUGGUUAAAACUUCAGAAGGUUGUGUUUGGAUAUGACUACCCAUUAACACUCAUCUGGGAGACUGAAGAAAGGCUUUGGACAGGCUGAACACCAUGUAAGAAAUAAAAGCAUAGGGCACGUUAGCAGAAAUGUCCAACUACAAACCUAGAUAGGCCAGCUGAGGAGGAGACAUUUUCCUUGUACUAUGCUGAAGAGCACGCAGUACACAGUGGUGAUUGUUCUGCAUCCUAAGAUCACUACUUCCCAACUCUGAAGACUACUGAAAAACAAACACUGCAAUUCAAUUCAAGCACAGCUAAUGCAUUCCUUUCAAAUAAUGUGUUUUGUUGUGGGGUAUUUUAGUCAGUGUGGUUUUUAUGUAGAUUAAUAUGAAUGUGAGCAUGAACACCCAGAAGCAUUUAGACAGAAGAUUCAGUUAUGUCAAGGAUAUUACCUGAUGUUUAAGUACAAGAAUCCCUAAAUAACAAAGUCUCACUGACUGAGGUGAGGCUACAGUCAUCUUUGAUUCUUAACUUCAGAAUACCUUGUCUAAGGAACAGCAGAGGUAAGAAGCUGAGAUGAAACUUUGUGACCACUUGUGAAAUUACAUAAUUCCAUAGUCUCUUUCUAGUGAUGAAUUUAAGCAAUUUAUGUCUCCUUCACUGUAAGGAGGUUCUCUACUCACUGAUAUUGCUUUUAUGCCAAAUUAUGUUUUUGUGUUAUAGCUGUAGUGCCGUUCAUCCUUAAGACCACUCUUGGUUCUGUUAGACAAACUACACAAUUAAACCAAUCAGACUCAUAGAGAAUUUGCCAGUUUGGGUCUGAAUGAGUAAA